GACACCGAAGAGCGAGCAAGAGAGAGAGAGAGAGCGAGAGAGAGAGAGAGAGAGAGACCCAACCAUAAGGAGAAAGGGGGAAAUGAGAUGACAACAGAAUGCAGGCUGUGAUACAUAACAGAGCAUGAUGUUUAGAAUCAAAGGAAAAGGAGAAAUAAAUCUGGAUUUCUCACCGGCAAGGGAGCAAGAAUAAAAGCAUCAGUAUCGCUAAACCACUUAAGGACGUGGAUUAAAAAAGAGAGAGGGAAAGGGAAAGGAGAGGAGGAAAAUAAUCAGAUCACUUGUUUAUUUUCAUGGUCCGUGUGCGCACUUGCUGUCGGUGAGAGUGUGCAUAUGUGUGUGCGCAUAUGGGAAGAGACUGCAUUGCUGUUCACUAGCAGAGGCAUCAGGAGAGAACAAAGCUGAAUCCCUCUUUUUUCUUUCUCUCUCUCUAUUUCUGUGUUGCACUGUGUGGCAGGAGCAUGUUGGGUGGGUUGAGUACAAACGACAAGCUGAGCUAGCCAAAAGAGAUGGACCUGUAACGCUGUAGAUGCUGUUGGAUCUGGCCAGUGGCUGUGUGGGAUCCCAGGUUUCUAGGUGGAGCCUGGUGGUCUUCAGCUGCUAGGGAGAGUUAAAGCUAAAAGCCCCAGAGAGGAGGAGGCACAAGUAUCUGGGAGUGUGCCGGCAGUGGGGCCCUGCGUGGAGGGUGGGGGCCUGAACCUAAACCCCAAAGAAAAGGAGUUUGCUGCGUUUGUGUUGGCAGGGAGGACGCAUGGCUGGCGUGGGCCUUCCCCCUUCUGUGAGCUGCAGCUGUAGGAGAUUGGACCGGGAGUGAAAGUGAACCAAACCUCCAGGAUAAUGGUUUGAAGAGGUUCCCGCUGCUCCUCCCUGGCCUGACAGGAGGGACCCUACACUCUGGGGGUCUAUUUUGCUUUUUCCUCUUUUUAUUUUUCUCUUUAAGUCAACCCGGGGGAUUUGUUUGGGUGUCGUCCUCCCCCCCACACCUCAUCAUCAUCACUAACCCCACCUCCAUCUCUGUUUUUAGUUUGUUUUCUUUUUUUGAGAUUUGGGGGAUUUGCCAAAACCUAUUUCAUGCAUGUCCACUGGGGGCAGGUUCAACUUUGAUGAUGGGGGGUCAUACUGUGGGGGGUGGGAGGAAGGCAAAGCCCACGGCCAUGGCAUCUGUACUGGGCCGAAGGGCCAAGGCGAGUACUCAGGGUCCUGGAGCCAUGGCUUUGAGGUGGUGGGGGUGUACACAUGGCCCAGUGGGAACACCUACCAGGGCACCUGGGCGCAGGGCAAGCGCCAUGGGAUUGGAAUGGAGAACAAGGGCAAGUGGGUGUAUAAGGGGGAGUGGACAAGUGGAUUUAAGGGACGCUACGGCCUCAGGGAGAGCACCGGCACCAGCGGGAAGUACGAGGGAACCUGGAACAACGGUCUUCAGGACGGAUACGGCACUGAGACCUACUCUGAUGGAGGUACGUACCAAGGCCAGUGGGUGGGGGGGAUGCGGCAUGGAUACGGCAUGCGGCAGAGUGUGCCAUACGGCAUGGCAGCCGUCAUCCGCUCUCCGCUGCGUACCUCCAUAAACUCCUUGCGCUCGGAGCACAGUAACGGGACGGCUCUGCUCGCGGACCGGGCCGGCGUGGGGAAUGUGGGCGGGACAGGCUCCACCAGCAGUCCGGCAGUGUCGCGGGGGGGCUUCGUGCUCACUGCUCACAGCGAGGCAGAGCUGCUGAAGGGCAAGAAAAAGGGUCUGUUCCGAGGUCGCUCCAUCCUCAGCGGACUCAAACUGAGGAAGUCAGAGUCCAAGAGCUCCCUGGCCAGCCAGCGCUCAAAGCAGAGCUCGUUCCGCAGUGAGGCGGGUAUGAGCACGGUCAGCUCGGUCAACUCUGACAUCAACUCCACCAUCAGCCUGGGAGAGGGCGAAGCCGAGCUGGCCGUCGCUGAGGACGACGUGGACGCCACGGCAACGGAGACCUACUGCGGCGAGUGGAAGAACGACAAGCGCACGGGCUGUGGGGUGAGCCGGCGCUCGGACGGCCUGCACUAUGAGGGUGAGUGGGUGGGAAACAAGCGGCACGGGUACGGCUGCACCACCUUCCCUGACGGGACCAAGGAGGAGGGCAAGUACAAGCAGAACGUCCUGGUGAGCGGCAAAAGGAAGAACCUAAUCCCCCUCCGAGCCAGUAAGAUCAGAGAGAAGGUGGACCGGGCUGUGGACACGGCCGAAAAGGCUGCGGACAUCGCCAAUCAGAAGGCUGAGAUCGCCAUGUCCAGGACGGCCCAUGCACGGGGGAAGGCGGAGGCGGCCAUGGGAGCCAGCCAGAAGGCCCAGGAGGAGUGUCGCCUCGCCAGGGUCACCGCCAAAGGGUUCUCCCCCUCCUUCCAGCACCGCGAAAACGGAGUAGAGGUCCAAAGGCCAAAGCAUCAGAACUCCAGUGAGAACGACAUUGAGGUGAUCUCCAGUGGCACGGGGCCAGACAGUCCUGAACUCUACAUAAAGGGCACCACACCCCCCAACUUGACCCCUGACCUUAGUCCUGAGGCCAGCCACCCCUCCUCGCCCCCAUGCAGCCCCACCACCUCCAAGCCAUACCGCACCAAGAACGCACGCUUCCUGCGGCAGAGUGCUGUGGACGACGCUGGGGGUGGUGGCGGUGGGGGAGGGGGCGGUGGGGGUGGGAGAGGGGGCAGUGGUGGCCAGGAGAUCCAGGUGCUGAUGGAGGGCCGUGGAGGAGGGGAGUACCUAAGGGCCAACAGCUGGAGCGAGGACAGACGCUCUUCUAAAGAGGGCAGCAGGGGGGGCAGCAGGGGCAGCAGUCGCUCCACCACCCCCUCUGUCCAGGACGAGGCCAGGGGCCGCACCAACGGCCACGGCCAUAAGCACGCCUCCUCCAAUCACAAGUCUCGAGAGCAUGGCUCGUCCAAUCACAAGGCCUCCAGGGACCGAUGGUCGGACUGCCCGUCGGCAUCGUGGAGGUCCCAGCGGACGCACAGCGGUGACACACGGCUGCUGGAGCAGGAUGAGGAGAAGCUGAGCAACUACGAGAUGGAGAUGAGGCCGCUGCAGCCCAUGGACUCCAACUCCCAGAAGCCCUAUGGGUUGGGAGAGGAGCACCAUGGUCACAGUGGCGAGGCCCGCUCCCACACGCUGCAGAGACAGCGGCCUUCUAAGACCCGGGAGGCCAGGGAGGGCAGGGAAAGGGAGGCAGCACGGCCGUCAGGAGCGCGGGAGAGCAAAGAGAGAAAGGAGGGACCGGCUCCAGACUCAUUGCAAAAGCUGGACAGUCUGAGCAAGGGGGACAAGUUGGAGGCUCGGCCUCUGCGCAGGGAUCUCACCCUCUCCCCCCCACAGAAAUCCUCACCCAUUGCACUAGAACACGACGACGACAAGAAACUAACCCAGCUCAAAGCAAACUCGGGCUCCAGCUCAAUUCUGGUCAUCAUGGUGAUUUUGCUCAACAUUGGAGUUGCAAUUUUGUUUAUUCACUUUUUUAUUUAACAAUGGAUUGCCUAUUAAUUCCUAUUAUUAUCUAUGCUAUUAUUAUAACAUAUUAUGAGUAUUAUCAUGACUAUACAGCCCUUGGGCAUUUGACACUAUGUAAAGAGUACAGUAAGAGGAUUAACAAUAUGGGGAUAAAGCUGGUUCCCAAUGCCCAGAUGAAAGAUAAGCAGUGAUCUGCAAAAAAAAAAAAAAAAAAAAUGUAAUUCUUUCUCUCCCUGACAUUACCUGUUUUUCAUCUUAAAUCAAUGUUUAAAAAAGGUUUGUAACUUAUAAUUUAACUUAUUAAUUUGCUCACGUAUGAUAUAUUCAUUUAAAUUAUUUUUUAUUCCUUACUUGCCUUUUCUCUGUUAAUAUUGCUGAUGUUCUUUUGGUUUAGUUUGUUUGGAAUGGUAGACUCAGAUGAGCACUUCUUGUAUAAUGGUGUAUCGGGUCGAAUGAGACAGGAUAUAAUGUAUCUAGUCUGGUUAUGGCUGUGUCCACCUGACCUGGGUUCAAAAACUAUUUGACAUAAUUUAAAAUUCUUUAGCUGUGCUUGAUUGAGCUUGCCUCUGUUGCACUGGAAACAAUAGAAAAGUCUGAAAAGUGCAAAACCCUGCCUACCUGGUGGUUGAGGCAGGCUAAAGCAAAUGCUGAAAGUAUUUUAAAGAUUUCAAGUAGUAUUUGAACCCAGGUAUGUUGUCCACCCAGGUAAUACAAUGUUAAAGGGAUGGGAAAUGGACCCCUGUCCUACCCACUGCCCUCCAAACCCUCCCCCUUCUCUCCCUCCUGACACGUUGUUCCUCUUCCCAAUUAUUAAUUCAGUCUCUCAUCCCCCCUUCCCGGUAGUCCCCUCAUGACAUCAUACCGUAUCCUGUUACCCCCUUUAUUUGUUUCAUGUACCUCUCCUUUUAUUUAAUACUCCACCAUGCUCCCCUAUUCCUACAACCAGCCAUCUUAACCAAGACUUCCCCAAAUAGACCAGAGAAUGUCCAUGGCAAGCAGGUGUUUCAUGAAAAAUGAAACAACAUAUAUAUAGAUAUGAUUAAAUAAAAUAGGGCUACAAAAACACUUUUGCAACUACAGAUCCUAGUUAGCAACAGGACAUGUUUACAAUCUGAAAAACCGGGAUGACCAACACAAAAUUGCCUCUAACAACUAUAGCACCAUAAAACCUAUCUAUGUUAGAAAACUUGUUGCAAAUUUAGCAACUUGGGUUACCAAGAUUGAGCCAUGUGCAAAGAACUACUGUAUAUCAACUCUAAUCUGUCUGCAACUGGAGUAGGAAUAGUUUUGUCUGAAAGGGCUUCUAAUGUGAAAGAUUAUCUUUAUAGUCAACAUACAACAAAAUGAACAAAUUAUCUAAAGGAAAGAACUCUCAAACACACACACACACAUUGUACAAUACCAUGUACACAACAGGUACAAUACUCCCACACAUACAGUGGUAUGUGAAUGAUAAGCUAUAUUCAUAUAAAAUAUUGACAUUCCAAAAAACUUUCUCAAUGUGUCUCUGGCCUUUAACGCACAGGUUGAACUUUAUAUGAGGACUAGUGAAUAACAUUCUGUCAGUUCUCAUCUAUCUGCUCCUCUGUCCCCUACAGAGCCAUUCUUCUCUCUCUCUCUCACUCUCUCUCUCUCUCUCUCUCUACAGUAUCAUGUCUAAAGGUUUCUACCCAAACCUCACCCCACACACCUGGUCUGGUCUGGAGGCACUGGCUGGCCGUACUGUAAGAGGCCUAGUGCAAGUUCAGAGACUGUUAUGUUUAAAACUGCUGCUUUCAAAACAAAUGAUUUACCAAGACAGAAAAAAAAAAUUAUUUUUGAGCUAUUUGCAAGACUUCUGAAAAAACGCCUACUGCCUUGUUUUAUAAAGUUGAAAAAAAAAUAUCUAAAAUGCAUGCUCAUGUAUGUUUUAGUUUUGUAUAGAUACAUCUUUUUGGGGAAAAUAUAAAUGUCUCCUCUAGCCCUCUACUGCUAAUAUUCCAUCCUAUUUUCUUUGGAAGAUUUCGGCUUUUCUCCCCCUCCACCCAGAUUUCAUUGUUGCUAAAACACCAAGGAAAAUCUGAUAUAUUUAGAACAUUUAUUAAGAGGAACAUACUAGGGAAAAAACACUCUUUUCAUAAGGAAAUACAAGUUGGGGGCAUAAACUAGUAUUUCACUGCCUCUCAAACCUGAUUCUUCCUCGCUGUCACUGUCCUCCAGCUCACUGUCCUCACUAUCAGAGGGUGAUCCUAACUGCUCCAUUAGGAUCCUUUCGCCCAUAGAAUGUCGCUGUGUCCAUUGCAUGUGAAUGUCAUAUCCAUCAAAUGUCUUGAAAAGUAGCCUAACUGCACAACGUUGCCCUGAGGCAACAAAAAGAAAACUACAUUUGUUUUUUCAUAUAUAUAUAUAUAUAUAUAUAUAUAUAUAUAUAUAUAUAUAUAUAUAUGUUCAAAAAUCAAAUAUGCUUCUUUACAGGUUCCUACACAAUUAGAUAUUUUUUAUUGUCAAGUUAUCUCUAGUUAAACAUGCAAAAUAAUUAUACACUUCAGUCACACCACGUGCUCAGGUUGCUCUGCUUCCUGAAAGAAGGUCCCUCCCCCAGUUGAUACAUCAUACCAACUUCUGCACCUCAUUGGAUUGUUUACAAACAUGUCAUCACAUAUUAUCAUAAUAUUGGGAGGUUGAGGGGCAAAAAUAUUUUCUGUUGCCUAAGGGCAACGAUGUGCAGUAGAGGGCUAGUUUUGGAAGCAGUAUAAGAAGGGAGUGGUGGGGGGGGGGAGGCUGCAAAAAAAUAAAAGUGGUACUUUACAGGCUUUGCCAAGUUGCUCUUAGUCCUGAGCAAGCAGAACUUUUCCAGCUGUUGUCCAGUACUGUUCUGUGAAGCAGACUCUUCCAUAGGGUAGCCUGGGCUUGCGCUACAGUACAGUACAUUACAGUACAUUACAAGAUCCAGACACAGGCUACUAGUCUACUGCAACCCACUGCUUCUCCAAGACAAAGCCCACAUCUUAGACGCAAUGAAAACAAGAGAGAAAAAACAAACAGACAAACUAAAAGAAGUGUUUUGCUUUUUUUUGAUAUAUAUAGCUGGCUAACUAACUCAAAGACUCUGAGAUGUUUUUAUAGCAUGUCUGUAAGGGGCUAGUACUCCACCCUGAUUCUCCUGGUCCUCCUGUAAGUGAUCAUCCGGUCUGUGUGUGCUCGCUCUUCUCUUCCUCCUAUGCCUCUCCGUUUCUCUAUCCAGCAAAGUUAAACAGAGCUGCCAAUGUGAAGGAAUGAAAGUUGGGGCCAAACGUGUGGAGUUUUAUUUUUCAACAACGUUUGCUCCCCCAGUCUUGACUACAUGAGUUAGUAGGUACUGUUGGAAACUGGACUGAUACCGUUAGAGGGUUAAGGCAUAUUAUGGGAAAGGGUUUACUGAUUCAAAGAACAACUAUGGAAAAGUGUUCCAGUGGCUGUUGAUGAUACUGAGAGGUGCAGAGGUGACGACUGGCUGAUCUACCUGCUCCUGUGGUUUUUCUACCAUUUCGACUGGAAGUACCCAUCGCAUGCCAAAGCAUGCCCAGUUCUUUUCUUCUCC